CGACUCAUCAGCUCUACUCCAAAGGAGAAGGAAAUCAUGGGAAAUUCCUCCAUCUUCCUCUUCCUUCUCCUCUCUCUCAUCUCCACCGUACAUUCACAUGAUCACCACUCCACAUACAUUGUCCACGUCUCAAAAUCUCAAAAACCAGCCAUCUUCAUGACCCACCAUCACUGGUACUCAUCCACCCUCAUGACCCUCCCUCAAUCUCCCCACCCCACCAAAAUCCUCUACACCUACGAUCACGCCAUCCAUGGCUUUGCAGCCCGCCUCACCCCAUCCCAAGCAGCCGCUCUCCAAGAUCUCCCUGGAAUCCUCUCCGUCCAAUCAGAACAGAUCCACCACCUAGACACCACGCACACUCCCACAUUCCUAGGCCUCGCCGACAUCUCCGGCCUCUGGCCUAAUUCCGAUUACGCAGAUGAUAUCAUCAUCGGUCUCCUCGACACUGGGAUCUGGCCUGAACGGCGCAGCUUCUCCGACGCCGGACUCACACCCGUACCCGACAGCUGGAAAGGCUUAUGUCAGACCGGCCCUGAUUUCCCCGCCACCGCCUGCAACCGAAAGCUUAUCGGGGCAAAAGCCUACUACGCCGGCUAUGAAGAGUAUUUAGAAGGGAAGAUGGACGAGACCGUCGAAUCAAGAUCACCGAGAGACACCAAAGGCCAUGGGACCCACACAGCAUCGACAGCUGCAGGAGCUGCUGUAACAGGUGCCGGAUUUUAUAAUCUCUCCGUCGGCGAAGCGAGAGGAAUGGCGACCAAAGCGAGGAUUGCUGCCUAUAAGAUCUGUUGGCUAGAAGGUUGCUUCGAUUCGGAUAUACUCGCGGCCAUGGAUCAAGCUGUCUCCGAUGGCGUCCACGUAAUUUCUCUCUCCGUCAGCUUGGAUUUUCCUGCUCAAAGCUAUGAUAAAGAGGCGAUUGCCAUUGGAUCAUUCGGCGCCGUACAGAGAGGCGUCCUUGUCUCCGCCUCAGCUGGAAACGACGGUCCCAUUCCUAGCAGUGUCAUGAACAUCGCACCGUGGAUUCUCACAGUCGGCGCUUCAACGGUCGAUAGAGAAUUCCCCGCCGAUGUUGUUCUUGGAGACGGUACAACCUACAGCGGGGUGUCGCUUUACGGCGGAGAUCCGCUCGGUUCCUCUAAUCUCCCUCUCAUCAACGGUGCUUCAUGUAUGAGAUUCACACCAUCUACAGUCAAAGGGAAGAUCGUCUUCUGCAGCGACGAUGGUGAUGGAAAAGUCAUCGAGAAGGGUGUUAAAGUCCAACAGGCUGGCGGAGCUGGGAUGAUCAUGGUCGACAGCUACAACGAACUCCCGACUGCAGAAAAGCACGUUCUUCCUGCGACCAAUGUAGGCAAGACCGCAGGCGCCAGCAUCCGGAAAUACAUCAGAUCCGAAAAGUCGCCGACCGCUACCAUCGUAUUCAAAGGAACGGUGAUCAGCACCUCACCAGCCUCUCCGAAGGUUGCACGGUUCUCCAGCCGCGGGCCCACCAAAAUCGUGCCGGAGAUUCUCAAACCGGAUGUGAUCGCGCCCGGCGUCAACAUCUUAGCUAGCUGGACCGGGUUCACUAGCCCGACCGGUCAGGAAAUCGACACGAGACGGGUUGAAUUCAGCAUCGAAUCUGGUACAUCGAUGGCCUGUCCUCAUGUAAGUGGGUUAGCCGCGUUGGUACGGAAAGCCCGUCCUCAAUGGACCCCAGCUGCUAUAAAAUCCGCCCUCAUGACAACUUCAUACAACGUGGACAAUUCCGGCAAGAAUUUUGAAGAUCUUGGCACGGGCGCCGAAUCUACACCGUUCAUUCAUGGGGCCGGACAUGUGGACCCUAACAAAGCCCUCAAUCCAGGCUUGAUUUACGACAUCACCCCCGAUGAUUACGUGGCAUUCCUCUGUGCCAUUGGAUAUGGACCUAAUCAGAUCUCUCUUUUCGUCAAGGACAAAGCCACCACCGACUGCUCGGCGAAAUCCAUGGCCAGUCCUGGAGAUCUGAACUACCCAUCUUUCUCUGUGGUUUUCAAAUCCAACAGAGAUGUAGUUCAGCGUCGAAGGGUUGUUACUAACGUUGGUGUGGCAGGAUCUGUUUAUGUGGCUAACAUUACAGGCCCAUCAACGGUUCAGAUCAGCGUUUCGCCGAGUAAGCUUGUGUUUAGUGCACAAAACCAAAGCUUAUCAUAUGUGAUCACGUUUGCUUCGAUCGCCGAUCCAACGGCCAGCACGGGGUUUGGUUCGAUCACGUGGAUUGAUGGGGCCCAUGUUGUACGGAGUCCCAUUGCAAUUACCUGGAGCCCAAGCUCGGUAUCUUCUAUUUGAAUUAGAAGAUGCAAUCCAAGACGUCCAUAUCGGAAUGAUGUAUUGGUGUUUUCAAUGGUUUAAGAACCGGACCCGACUGGACCCGCUUUUUUCAGCGGGUCUAUCGUAACCGGGUCCAACUGGUGGUUCAAAAAGUCUGACCCGCGAAACCUAUGUGUAGCAUAAAUAAAAAAAUGGGAGGUAUUGAGAGACUCGUUUUUAAGUUUUA